GUAACCGUCGCAGGGAGGUGGGGAAGAGAAAAAUGUGACUUCCCGAGAAAAUGAAACCAAGUGGUUUGAAAAGCAGCAGCAGAGGACAAUUUCCCUGUGAUAUGCAAGGAAGAACAGACAGAAGUAAACCUCCCUUGAAAACUGUGAAGAAAGAUUCCACAAAAUCAGAUAAAUUAAAAUGCAAACCACUUAUUGGGAAGGUGUUUUAUCUUGAUAUUCCAUCCAAUGUCCUCUCUGAGAAAAUAGCGAACGAUCUUAAGGAACUGGGAGGUAGAGUAGAAGGAUUCUUUGGCAAAGAUAUCAACUAUUUGAUCUCUAACAAAAAGGAAGCAAAAUUUGCUCAGACUCUUGGACAAGUAUCUCCAGUUCCAAGCCCAGAAUCUAUAUAUAAUGGAGGAAACAGUUCCCCUCAUCCAAGCAGCAGAAGAGACAAGAAUGAUGGAAGUUCAUUUAAGAUGGUGGACACAGUGCUCAUGAGCAGAGGAAAAUCCUUAGUUGAAAAAGCAAUCAAAGAACAGGAAUUAAUCCCUUCAGGUAGUAUACUAUCCAAUGCCUUGAGCUGGGGAGUGAAAAUACUUCAUGUUGAUGAUAUUAAGAACUAUAUUGAUCAAAAGAAAAAAGAUUUAUGUCUGAUCAAGAAAUCCAGCUCAGAAGUCAAAGAUGUGGAAAAAAAGUCUUCAGUGCAGAAAACCAAGAGUAUACUGAAAAGUCCUUUUCUGAAAGUAGAGGACAGAACACGUAACUACAGACCAUUUUACUUGCAACUCUCCAGCUUUCCAGUUAUCAACUAUUCUAAUCCAAAACCCUACAGUCCAUUUGAUGUUGAAAAGAAGAAUGUUAAUGGCCAGAAGCAAAUUCAGAUGAGGCAAAGAACUCCAGCAAACAAUGACAAAGAAGAGACCUUUCCAGCUCAGCUUCCUGCAAAACACAAGAAGAGAAAAGGAUAUUGUGAAUGUUGUUUGAAAAAGUAUGAUGAUCUUCAAACUCAUCUUGAAAGUGAACAACACCAAACCUUUUCACAGAGUUCUCACUAUCAAGUUGUGGAUGACAUUAUAUCCCAGUUUGCUUGUGACUUUGUAGAGUUAAGAGAAAAUACACCAAAAACGAAAAGGAGGAAAUGUAGUGUUGGACAAUUUGCUCCCCUUAUUGGAACAAGCACAGAUGAACUGAAAGAAAGACUGAAGAGACAAGACAUCCCAUUGAGAUGGUAUUCAAGGAAAAACAUUAAUAUGCACAUAGUGAAAGAAGAUUCUCAGCGCACACAAAUAUAUCCUAAAUCUCCACACAAAAACUCUCCUACCUCUGAACCUGCCUGUUCUGUCAAUUUCUGCCACACCAAGUGUUCUUUAGAAGUAGCAAGAAAACUCAAUGGGAAUACUGAAGGUAGUAAAAAGCCAAAUUUUUCAAAUUUAUCAGAUGUUGCUUUAUCUGCAAACUUGGUCCAGCUGCCUAUCCGGAAAGAAAGCAAAGUGUGCACGAGAACCUUGCCUGAAAUUUAUGAACAUUGUGAGUCUCUGUCAAGACAGAGUUUACAAAGUUUUCCGUCAAACCCACUACAGUCUCGGAUCCAAAAAUCUCAGUUUAGCGAGAGGAACAAUCCAGCAAACCCAAAGCGAAAGAUGAACAAUACAGUUCGUCUGCCAACAAAAUGUUUGAAGAAGAUAAAUUCAACAGUUGACAAAGAUCUUGCCAUCCUUGGUGAGGAGAGUAACUUUCCAAGAGAACUUUCAGUCCUUCUGGAGACAGAACCCUUUCCACGUAGUCCUGCUGCAGACAAGGAACCCAGUGAGUUGACGGACAAUAGCUCACCUAACAUCAAACUUAAUAGAAAAGUCAAAAAUUCCAUUGGAAGAAAUAAAGCAAAUCAGAAACAAAGUACAGAGUCAUACUUAAAGCGAACCGAUGAACCGUCCAUUCCAAAAGAAACAAGAAAUGUUCAGACCUCAUCAACACAAGCGCUGUUAGAAUUAUUUCAAACCAGUGAUGCAAAUUCAGAUUUUGGGGGGUUUUCAAGUAUGACAGAGAACAAAGAGUCAAGUCUGAUAAAAGAUUCUUGGAAAGACCAGCAUACAGAUGCUCUGUGGUCUUUGUUUUCUACUUCUGCCUCCUCAUCACCAUUUAUUGGAUUUUAAUGCUGCUUUAUUUACAACCGUGAGUUUUGAAUAAACAGGCAAAAUGAAAAAUUGUAUUUGAAAACUUUGUUUUGGUAAUAAACUAUAUAGUGAUUAUUCUU